GAGUUUCACGCAAACUGUAAGUUGUAAGUCUUUCUCUUCUCCCUCUCUGAAAAUGGCGUCCGAUUCUUCUCCCAGCCACCGAAAUGGAGGUCAGUCUUCACCAAUCGAUCAAUCAUCAAGUCCAAUCGCAAACACGAACUCAUCCCCAGGUGAUGCUGCUCAGAGAAGAAGAAGGAGAGAAAGAAGUCCAUCGGAUGCAUCUUUGUUUGCAACACCACCUUCUCAACGAGCUCGAUUCGAUGCGACUCCAACUCCAUCAAGUACUCAAAGUGGAAGAGGAGGGAGGAGAUCUAGAGCAACGCCGAUGGCAACACCUACAUCUACAGAUGAUGCUAUUCCUUCUUCAGAUGGUGGUGAAGGAGAAGAGGCUGCUCCACCUAUGUAUGUUUGGGGAACUAAUAUAAGUGUUCAUGAUGUUAAUGCUGCGAUUCUUAGGUUUUUGAGACAUUUUCGUGAGAAUCCGUUGCAAACUGAAGGGAAAUAUAUGAGAGCGAUUCAUCAUAUUCUUGAAAUAGAAGGAGAAACACUUGAUGUUGAUGCACAUGAUGUGUUUGAUUAUGAUUCUGAUCUGUAUACUAAGAUGGUUCGGUACCCACUUGAGGUUUUAGCUAUUUUUGAUAUUGUUCUUAUGGAAAUGACUAGCAAGAUUAAUGAUUUGUUUGAGAAGCAUAUUCAAGCGAGGAUUUUUAAUCUCAGAACAUCAACACCUAUGAGAAAUCUGAACCCAUCUGAUAUUGAGAAGAUGGUGUCUAUUAAAGGAAUGAUUAUUCGAUGUAGCUCAAUAAUACCAGAAAUAAGGGAAGCUGUAUUCAAAUGUCUUGUGUGUGGGUACUUCUCUGACCCAGUGGGAGUAGACCGAGGCCGAGUCAGUGAACCCCCAAGGUGUAAUAAGGAAGAGUGUCGUGCCUUGAACUCCAUGGCUCUGGUUCACAACCGAUGCCGGUUUGCUGACAAGCAGAUCGUGAGACUGCAAGAGACACCAGAUGAUAUUCCAGAAGGGGGUACUCCUCACACAGUUAGCUUAUUAAUGCAUGACAAACUUGUUGAUGCUGGAAAGCCAGGUGAUAGAGUUGAGGUCACUGGUAUAUAUAGGGCAAUGAGUGUUAGAGUUGGACCAACACAAAGAUCAGUGAAAUCUUUGUUCAAGACUUACAUAGAUUGUCUUCAUAUAAAGAAGACCGAUAAAUCUAGAAUGCAAGCCGAGGAUCAAACAGAACAUCUUGAUGCCUCUGACAACAUGAAUGAAGAUGUACCCGUUGACUUUCAAGACAAGGUUGAACAGUUAAAAGAGCUUGCGAAAUUGCCUGAUAUAUAUGAGAGGUUAACUAGAUCCCUGGCACCAAACAUAUGGGAACUAGAUGAUGUUAAGAAAGGCCUUCUUUGUCAGCUGUUUGGUGGAAGUGCUUUGAAGCUGCCAUCUGGGGCUAGCUUCCGUGGUGACAUCAAUAUUCUGAUGGUUGGUGAUCCUGGAACCAGUAAAUCCCAGUUGCUCCAAUACAUACACAAGCUCGCACCUCGUGGUAUCUACACCAGUGGAAGAGGUAGUUCUGCUGUAGGUUUGACUGCCUAUGUAGCCAAGGACCCAGAAACUGGUGAAACGGUACUUGAAAGUGGGGCCCUUGUCUUGAGUGAUAGAGGUAUUUGUUGCAUUGAUGAAUUUGACAAAAUGUCAGAGAACGCGAGGAGCAUGUUACAUGAGGUAAUGGAGCAACAAACUGUUUCAAUAGCGAAGGCAGGAAUCAUUGCUUCUCUUAAUGCUCGGACUUCUGUGUUAGCUUGUGCUAAUCCAAGUGGUUCACGUUAUAAUCCACGCCUAUCUGUGAUUGACAAUAUACACCUACCACCUACCUUGUUGUCAAGGUUUGAUUUGAUAUACUUGCUUCUGGACAAGGCUGAUGAACAAGCAGAUAGGCGUCUUGCAAAGCAUAUUGUUGCAUUGCACUUCGAAAAUCCUGAGAGUAUACAACAAGAUGUGUUGGAUCUUCCAACCUUAACAGCAUACCUUAGUUAUGCCAGAAGAUACGUCCACCCAAAGUUAUCUGAUGAAGCUGCAGACGAGUUAACACGAGGAUAUGUGGAAUUAAGGAGAAGGGGAAACUUUCCAGGAAGCAGCAAAAAGGUGAUAACAGCAACGCCUAGGCAAAUUGAGAGUCUGAUUCGCCUUAGUGAAGCCCUGGCACGUAUUCGUUUCUCAGAAUGGGUAGAAAAGCAUGAUGUGAUUGAAGCGUUCAGGCUUCUUGAAGUUGCCAUGCAACAGUCAGCCACUGAUCACGCCACAGGAACAAUUGAUAUGGAUCUGAUCACCACUGGAGUUUCUGCAAGUGAAAGGAUAAGAAGAGAAAAUUUGGUGUCAGCAACUCGAAACCUAAUAAUGGAAAAAUUGCAACUUGGUGGGCCAUCAACCCGUUCAAUGGAGUUGCUGGAGGAGCUGAAGAAGCAAGGUUCAGCAGAAAUUCAGCUUAAUGAUUUAAGGAAUGCUUUAGCAACUCUUGCGGGCGAGGGAUUUAUUGUUCUUCUCGGUGACACUGUUAAGAGGAUAUAACGAAAGAAAGUAUAGCCACUGGACGCUGACAUGCUUGGCAAACUCUUCUCGUUUGAACUGUUUGGAUCUGUAUUUCAAAGCUGUAUAACAUCAUAUUACUUUUGACAACUUUUGACAAGAUCCAGAUAGAUCUGGCUAAGGUUUUUUCACUGUUGCCCAUCUAUAUGGUAGUGUCCUGCAAGAUCAGUUACUCCUUAUUGGUACUGUGGUGUAAUUCUUAAAACAUUAUGAGGUUUGCUACUUAUUAACGAAAACCGCUAGUGAUUGUUUUGGAAGGGUGAUUGAAGCAAUAUUAUGAGAUACUCUGUAGGAACAAUCUCUACUCAAGCUGAAAAAACUAGUGUCCGGUAGGUUAUCAGUUGGCUUGUAAUAUUAUGAGAUACUGUGUAGAACAAUCUCUACUCAAGCUGAAAAAGCUAGAGUCUGGUAGGUUGGCUUGUAAUAAUAUUUACUUGAUGUUGGCCUGCA